GGCCGGCCCUCUCAGAGUCAUAAUAUUUCAACCCAGCGCAAGAAAGUCUCACGUCCCCCCCUGAUCUUUGUCUGUUUACUCUUUGUUCAUCGAGUCCUGUGAGAGAUCAGAAAUGUUGGGUAACUGUGAGAAGAUGGUAGUCAUCCCUCCAACAACAAACGAAUGGUCACAGAAUCAGAUAGAUGAUCAACAAAGUUUGAUGGCUUCUACGGGUAGGGUAAUGGAAAAACCAGUCCUGGACCAACCAGUACAGCAGCAGCAACAAGCCCUCAGGUGUCCGCGCUGCGAUUCAUCUAACACAAAGUUUUGUUACUACAACAACUAUAGUUUGUCUCAGCCGAGGCACUUUUGUAAGGCCUGCAAGCGGUACUGGACAAGAGGCGGUACCCUGAGAAACGUUCCGGUAGGUGGUGGUUGCAGGAAAAACAAGCGCGUGAAGAGGCCUUCAUCAGCUUCGGCUACUGAUGGAGCUGCUUCUUCUCCAGCUCAUAGUGCAAACCCAGACCCUCCUUCUCAACCACACAUCGAGAUAUCUUCUACCACGUCAAAUCAUAUCAAUCCUUUGUUUUAUGGGUUUGCCAGUAACCCUUCUGAUAUGAGUCUUCCUUUUCCCAGAUUCAAUCCCAGAGUUUCCAAUGUGGACACUGUUUCUGGGUAUGAUCUCCAACCCCACCUGAAUGCUCUUGGACUUGGGUUUUCGUCUGGAAUUAUGUCUAAUGAGAAGGGUGAUCAGAACCGUUACAGAAAUGGGUUUAACCCUUCUAAGCAAAUCCAAGAUGUUGUUACAUCAAACUCUCUUCUCUCAAGUUAUUCCAUCUUCAACUCCUCAGCUUUUUCUACUACCACUUCCCCAGCCAUCGCUUCCCCACUCACCUCUAGCUUUCAGCAACAUGAGAAAUUUGUCAAUGGAGGUAUCAAAGACACUCGAGCAGUACUAAAUCAUUUUCAAACCAUAGCACCAUUUGAAGGCUUGCAAAUACUGGCCUCUAAUGAAGCUGGGAUUUCCAUGAAAGAAGUGAAAGUAGAAGACGGCCAGAACAGGUUGGAUUGGAAUGGUUAUUGCCAGAAUCAAAUGGAGCAUGUCGGUAUGUCGGAUCCUUCAUUUUACUGGAACGCAACAAAUAUUAAUGGUGCUUGGAAUGACCCCGGAAACAUCGGGUCUUCGGUCACUUCCCUGAUCUAGCAAAACCAAACAUCAUUUUUCAUUUGUCUCCCUCUUUUAUAGUCAUCUUGGUCGUUGCUGGCAUGGCUACUUUGGUUUCUGUUGAUUACAUCUGUUUGUAGUGAGUCUCAGUAGGGCAGGUUUUAAAAGCAGAAUUUGAAACACACACACCAAAACAAAAAAACGCAAGAUUUCAGUACUUUAAUUGAAGCAACGAUGGGAGGAGCUUGGAUCCGAGCGAUCAUGUCAGCUGCAGAAAAUCAGCCUAUUAGUUUUAUUAUCAAGGUUGAGACUCAUUAAUUGCGCUGAGAGGAACCUCGGAUCCUCUACAUCUCAUCCCCAUGGGUGUCAUCGGAAUCACCGUAUACGGCGCUACGCAGUGUGGAAGGUUUUCGUUCCGUAAGUUGGUCGACUUUGUUGUAUGUAUAUAUAUAUGACCAUGUCUUUUUUCUUUCUUUGUUUGUUUCUAGAUGGAGCUGGGGGUAUAUGUUGCAGUCCUCAAAUGAAGAUCAUCUGAGGAACUAAUUAUUUUUACUCAAGUUUACCUUCUUUCUUAUCCUUCUUUGAAGUGUUCAUGACCCCGGGGGAAGGGGGUAUAAUGGUAUAGAGAAAGAGGGAGAUUUGUUAUCUCAACGUGGCUAGUUAUUAGUUUUUAUA